CCCACUGAAAGCUCUGAAGAGUACAUCGCGGUACUGGUACUAUUCGCGGAUACUACUUAGCGAAGCAUGAACCAGUCGACCGCCGGCAACCGCGAUCGAAACACGCAUCCAUAGGUGACUCGGUUUUGAAAAAACACACUGAGAACUUUUGUUGCGUCCUUAAGCUUUUUGGGUUUAUAGUAUUUUUUCGGUUUUUAGAGAUAUAAGUGGGGUGAAACCUGGACAAUUGACAAUAGAAGGGCUGCUAUAGAUUCUAGGCCAUGUCGGCCGACACGUCGAAAGAUUUCAGUCUGAUACAAGAUGAAGAUGUUCUCAAGAAAAUGUGGCAAGAAACGGAGGACUUUGGUCGCAAGAAAGAAAUAAGAUCCCACAUGUACAAACUUCGAGAGCAACGUUUGAAAGAGUUUUACAACAGCAACGAAAGUACGGAGAUUCACAGAACAACAACAGGCAAGACGUGCGACAGUAGAACUCACGCUGGCUCUUUGACGGAUCAGAGUUUCUUAAGUUUGAAAAGCAAGGAGGUCAGGGACUCUGAAUCGCCUACUAGGGAUAGCGGAUAUCGCAUUGCAGGGAAACACAGUGACCAUGGUUGGGACGUACUCUCAGCCAAUGAAAUAAGCAUGGACGGUAAAACCCAUACCACUAUAAAACAAGCUACUACAGCUGGAACUCAAAAAAUUGAUAGUGGCAAGAUUGACUUUGCAGGCAAGACCGAGCAGGUCUCUACUGUCUUCCAGGAUGGCGACGAUAAGAAUUUUACGAAAUCUGUGGGUGCCAAAUCCAACACAAUGAUCACCCAAGAAGCUGUUGGAGGUGAUGAAAACUCCAGUUUCAAAGCUACGUCCACCAAAGUCUCAUCUUCUUCGAAAGUAGUUACGGAACAUAGGACAACAGAUGGAAAAACUCUACCAUUGACCACUGGUGAUCAAGUAGUGCGAAAAAUUUACACUACCGACGUACCUAGCGACUUAAAAAAUCAUCCCAGUUACUUGGAGGGUAAGACCAAGGUAACCCAAGAGAUCAAAACCUUACCAGAUGGUACCACGGUUACUGCAACUAGGUAUGAAACGAAAGGAGGCACUGCUUCUCAAUCUCACACCACUUCGAAAUACUCUGCAACAUCCAAAAGCUCUUCAGAGCAAAGCUCGUCUUUCAAAACCUCUCAAGUAGAACUAGGUGGUACAACAAUUGUUAAAGAUCAUCAUGGAGUAGAUGAGGUUGAUAUUAUUUGUGAGCCCAAGACGUCGAUGCAGAUAGUUAGGAGUUCAGACCAGAAGCAUCUAGAUACUGACCAUAGUCAAAAAGUUCGUCACGAAUACCAUGAAAGUCAAACUGUGCAGGAACAUCGUAGUUCUGCUCAGGCAAGAAAAGAACUCCACGAGAAACAUGUUGGUCAACAACAAUUGCAGCAACAAAGGAUUCAAGAAGCUGUGAAAAAGGCUACGUCAGAAAGUAUGCAUCAAAGGAAAGAAAGUGUACAGCAGAAGUCUCACACAGAAUUCAGGCAAAAACAAACCAAUGAGAAGCUUAGGGCUACUGAUACAGAACAGGUAAUGGUUGAUAUGGUACCUAUCGAUCACAUUGAAGUCACUAGGGUCACUAAGACUAUGCCUUCAGAGCAUGUUACUCACAUCACUACAGCUACACAUGAUACUAAAGGUACUACCGAUAUGAAAUCGAGUACCGGCGUUGAUGUUACUUCAACUAGAAGUACCAUCUAUCACCAUGACACAACCAGGGAUAAAAAGUUGACUAACGAGCAAUUUAUCACUACCGAAAGGCAACAUGAGAUAGACACAAGAAAACAUGUAGAACCCGGACCAGAAUAUCCAAAAGGGAAACAACCUCCAAAUGAGAAGCCUCAAUAUGAACAACCUGAGAAGCUUCAGCCUAUACAACCCGCCAAGUCAGAGUGGGAGCAACCUUCGAAGGCUGAGGGCCAGUACGAUACAACUUAUAGAACAGAUUAUGUCAACAGAAAAAUAAGCGUUGAAGUUAGUCCUACUCAUGAUGCAUUUGCAAGAUCUUUGAGGGCUGUCUCUCCAGAUAGGCUACCUCCUCACUUGGUUUCGCCUACUCACAUUAAAAGCGCAAGUUCUACGUCUUUAAGGGGUAGUAAUAGUCGUGAUAAGUGCAGACAUCCAUCCAGAGGUUCUCCAGAGCGAAAGUCUAGAAGUGGAAGUCCAAGGAAAUCUGUUGAUAGAUUCUCAAGCACUGAGACUAUAACUUACGGCUCAAGAGCUAGCCCUGAAAAUAAAACUCCAACAAAGUAUGUGAAUGGAGUGGAUAUUGUAAGAAAACAUGGUGACAGAUCCACAUACGAGAGUGACACUAUAACAAGGAAAAAGAAAAUCAGUACUGAUACUAUCACUAGGAAAACUAAACCUAGAUCUAGAUCGCCUUCUCCAAUAUCUACCGUGGCCAGUGAAAUAGAGUACUUCAAGAACGUUAAUGAAAUCGUUACUGAUUUGGAUGAAGUUACUGAUGAAACAGAUACUCGUAGAACUACCACUACAACUGAAAGACCAAGCAGUCUUGAAAUUAUCACAACGAGGAAAAUAAAGAAAGUUACCGAAAGGUCACCAACUUCACCUCUGAAAGAUGUGAGUCCAACUAAAGCAUCUCCUCCUAGAGCUAGCUCACCUCAAAAAACUCGUACUCUUCCAGAAGACCGGGCGAUGAAGAGAACUGAUACUUAUGAAGAAAGAUGCCGUCAGAUAUUGGGUAUCACUGAGACCAAUGAAAGACGUAGAAGUAGUUUAGAGAAGGCUUCUAUCAGAAAAAGUUCAUUCACCAAGGAUUCUACCCUGUCACCAAAUGAGCUUCCUAGAAAGAAGUCAGGAGAGACACCUCGCAAAAGUCCGACUAAGGACAAGCCAUUCAGACCUACUGACUUUGUGACACAACUUAGGAAAUCUCCAGAGAAGCAAGUGAAGACAAAAAGUCCUAGUCCUACAAAAGAAGUACCUUCUCAAACCAGGAGGUCACCUGAGAAGAAGAAGAAUAGGCCAUCUACAGAAUCACCCACAAAGCUUCAAGAAUUUCCAUCUCAGAUAAGGAGAUCCCCUGAAAGAAAAGCUUUUGAACCUUAUCCUGAAAGGAGGAGCCCGUGUAAGGAGUCUCCAUCUAAGCUUAGCGAGUUUCCUUCACAGAUCAGACAGUCUCCAGAAAGACAACCGUUAGAGCCUUAUCCUGAGAAGAAGAGGCCUUGUGAAAAAUCGCACUCUAGCCUUCAAGAGUUUCCUUCACAAGUCAGGAAGUCGCCAGAAAGACAGCCUUUGGAACCUUGUCCUGAGAAAAAGGGACCUUUUGAGAAAUCACCUUCAAACCUUCAAGAGUUUCCUUCGCAAAUUAGGAAGUCGCCAGAAAAACAGCAUUUGGAAACUUAUCCUGGAAGAAAAAGUCCAACAAAAGAUACUCCUUCUAAAUUAAGCGAGUUCCUACCUCAAAUCAGAAAAUCGCCUGAAAGGGAACCGUAUCCGGAAAAGAAAAAGCUUUAUGAAGAUAUUCCUUCAUAUAUCAAAGAGUUUCCUUCUCAGACUAGGAAAUCUCCUGUAAAAGAACCUCUGGAACCAUAUCCUGAAAAGAAACGACCAUGCGAAGAUGCUCCACCUAAGCUUAAAGAAUUUCCCUCACAGAUCAGAAAGUCUCCAGAAAGAGAGGCUUUGGAACUUUAUCCUGAAAGGAAAAGUCCGACAAAAGAUACUCCUUCUAAGUUGAGCGAAUUUCCAUCUCAAAUUAGAAAGUCCCCAGAGAAGCAGCCUUUGGAGCAGUACCCUGAAAAGAAGAGAGCUUGUAAAGAUUCGCCACCUCAACUCGAGGAGUUUCCUUCUCAGAUCAGAAGAUCUCCCGAGCGGCAUUCUCUAGAACCUCUCUCUGAGAAACGUAAGCCUCGUGAUGAUUCCCCUUCAAAAUUGUCAGAAUUUCCUUCUCAGAGUAGGGAGGGAUCUUGUAGCUUAUCUUCUAUACCCUCUGCAAAGUCUCCCGAAACGUUCAAGUCAAAUAAGAAUGGCAAAAAGCCCAAAUCGAAGAAACCUACUGAUACAGGCUCCUCAAGCAGUUCUUCUGAAGAUGAAGAAGUUACUGAAGAGGUAACUAAAAUAACUACUACCACGUACGAGAAUGUGGUUCCAGUCAAAGAACCUGAGGUGACGAAGAAAUUCAUAAGUCAACUGUGUCGUGAGGAUGAAGUGAAGCAUACUGACAGCGUCAAGAAGGCCACUGAAGAGCUACUUGAGCAGGAAAUUCUUCAGAAUCGAGUUGAGGCUCAUAAAACUGUGAAAAAGGACCUGUCGAGAAGUGAGAAGCAAAUGCCUGUAAAGCCCAAAACUGAGGUAUUUAUUGAUAUUGAGCGUCAAACAGCAGUUCAAUUUGCUAUGAAGAAAAAAAAUGAUAAGGCCAAAGAUACGAAAAAAGAAACGACUACACGAACUGUAAAAGAAACUCCAAAGUCGAAAAAGCAACCUGAGAUUCAUCGCACAGAAAAAUCUAAAUUCGUCGGAGAAACUGAAUAUACUGACGAGUAUUGCAAGACAAGACCAAAGGUUCAGAAGACUACUGAUAAGAUUACUUUGACGGAUUUGGAGCGUUCUCAGAAGAACCAAAUUGACAGUAAGGUUCAUACAAGAACUCAUAGAAGUGAUAACACCUCAAGCAAGAAGACAACCACAAAUAUCUUCACUAAUGGAGAUGUUUGCAAGAGAAUGAAGCCUAAAGAAACAACUAAGAGUCCUACAAGCACAAAAACUAUUACAACUACUGUUGACGUUACUAGUAAGAAGACUCCGUCACCAAGAACUGAGGAUGUUAAGCAAAGCAACGUGACGACUCAGUCUAGAUACAGCACAACUGUAAAGAAAAUUAUCAACGUUCCUGACCAGGCUGUUAAACCUAAGCCUGUUGAGCCCAAAAAGCUGUCACCAAUUAAGAAAGUAAUUGAUAUCACCAAAGUAAAGCCUUACAGGACAGAACAGACAACUGUGAACAAGCAUGCUGUUAGUUCUAUUUCAGUUACUACGAAGCCUAAAACAGGUACAACAAAAACAACUAAAACCACGACUAUUAAGGAAAAUAUCUCUAAACCUACAAGGUUUCACAAUGGGCAUAUUCCCUCUGAUACUGACGAAGACAUUGAUAGUGUAGAAGAAUCCACAUUUAAUUUAACAAAAUCUGAUGCUGAAAAGUCGUUUACCAGCACUAGGAUAACCAAAACUAGAGACGAUCAAGAUGUAACCACAAGAACAUCUAGAAAACCAGACAAAUGUAUCACUACUAAGACCUUGAUCAUCAAUAACAAAGAUGACAAACGUGAAGUCAUAGUUGACCUACAAAGAUCAAAAUCUUCUAGGGAGCCUACACCAGAUAGGUUAUGCCCGGUACCCUUAUCUUCUGAUGACGAGUCAGGUGUCCCGAGAUAUCCUGACGAAGUUGAGGAACCUGAAGAUGGAAGCUUGAGAAGAAAACCUAAGCCUACUAGGCUUUCUGAUGUUCCGAUUAUAGAAUCUGAGGAUACUGUUGAAUUUUCUAGAUUUACUGAGGUGACUGAUGCCAGGAAGAUUACCGAGGUUGACAAGGUAGACCAAACGGAUGAGAGUCUGCUAAGUGUUAAUAGGAAGAUUCAUAAGUUCUUAGAUACAGCUGAGAAAUUGACAAAAGAACCAUUGAAGGUGUCUGGGCCAGCACCCAAAGUUGAAAGACCUAAACUGGAAGUCAACGAUGAUCUGGAAUCCGAUGAGUGCUUACUGAGUGUGUCUGAUAAAGUAAGCAAGUUUAUCACUACAGCUGAGCAGUUGAUAACACCCAAGUCCAUGCCAGAACGUCCCAAAAGCCCAAGGUGUCAGAACAAUAUAGAUGAUACGCGAAGACAUCCAAAACAUUCAAGUGACACUACCGUAGAGAUCGAGGAGACCAUCAAAGACGAUGAAUGCCUCCUGAGCGUAUCUGAGAAAGCUUCAAGGUUCAUUUCAACUGCUGAUAAACUGGCGACUUCUGAUUCGAAGAAACAAACUGUAAGUUUGGCCAAGAUUGACGUAAACCCUGGUAGAAAAUCACCUGAAAGAAAGGUUCCAGAUCGAAAAUCUCCAGAGAGGAAGUCACCAAUUAGACCAACUGAUACACAAUGCGUACAGAUAGAAACUGAAGAGCAGAUGUAUACGCGUAGACCUUCUCCAAGCAGAAGCUCACCAAGUCCUGAUGAUAAAACACCAACAAGAAGACCUUCAAACCAAUACAAAGAGAUAUUGAAGACUGGAAUGAGCACUACUCGAAGAUCUAGUUCACCAAAACAGCAUGAGUCUACACCAAAAAGCACUAAGGAGGAGCCUAAACCAGUAUUGAGUCCUACUGGGAGGUUGAGAAGUACUGAGAGUAUUAAAAGGGCUAAGGCGUUGUUUGAGAAUAUUGGGAAAGAGAAGGAAAGCGCUUGGUCAAAGGAUAUUAUCAGUAGACCUUCUGUGCUUGAAGCAAGGAAGAGUAAGGGAGAGGACAGGAGGGAUUCACUCAAAAAGAAACUGAGCUACUCAGAAGAAGAAGCUCCUCAUGAAGAGACUUGCUCGCGUUUAGAAAGGGCAAGAUCCAAGUCUCCUGAAAAAGAACGUCCCAGAUCAAAAUCUCCACAAAAAGAUCAUCCGUCAGAGGUUGUGCAAACUCAAGAUCAAGGCGAUGUGCCCCACUAUAUGUUGCCUUUAGAUAGAAGUCUGAGACCGAACAGUCCUCACAGGGAGAGUCUUGCUCAGAAUGUGCCUCAAAGUCACCAAGAGAAACCAAUAGAAGAGCCAGAACCCCAUACGACAAAGUUCAAUGUUACUUUACGAAGAACAGAUUCUGGAAGAGCCGUUAAGUCUAGUACUACAGAACGGAGGAAGAGUAGUCUAUCUUCUGAGAAGCGAAUAACAGAGGAAGAAAUUGAGGAAAUUUUCGAAUUGGAAGUAUUGGAAGAAUUGCUUGAAAAAGUGAUUGGUUAUGAUCUACGUAGAAAAAUCAGGACUCAGAUACGUCUCGUGAAAAAACUAAUAUCAGAAAACAGUCUGGAGAGUUACAUUGCAAAACGAAAAGAAUCCAUCAGAAGGGACUCCAUCUCUAAAAUAAUCAAAACUGACCACCUUCGAAAAGCUAGUCCUGAAAGGAGAACUGUAGAUUCCACCAAGUCAUAUCGCCACACUUCUAUUACUGAUUCUAAGGAUCAUUCUCAGAGUCAGAGUGAAUAUAAGUUAUCCUACUCGUACCAAGCAAGAAAGUCUUCAUCAGAAUAUAACACGAAGACAACUAGUAGAAGUCAGAGCCCUGAGGUGAAACCAGUAAGAGCUCCCAGUCCACAAAAGCAGACUCGAAGCAGAUGCAGUCCCGAGAAAGAGCCAAGAUCAAGAAUCAGCCCGGAUCGCAAAACCAAAUCUGAAACCAAAACCUUCACAAAUUUGAAAAAAUCCGCCUCUAGGUCUAAACCUGUUGAAGACGAUAAACCUGAAUGGGUGAAGUCCAGAAACUUGAGAAAAACAACGGAAACGCCAGCGCCGAUAGUGAAAAAGACAACUACCACUACUAGAACUACGAAGAAAGAAACUGUUAGAUCGAAAAGUCCAGUCAAAGAAGUUAAAACUACUGAUUUAAUAACGUCGAGCUAUGGUGUUGGACCUACUGAUGAAAACGGUACACCGCUUUUUGGUUUGAGAGCACUGAGGGCCCAAAAUAAAAGUGACAUAACAAAAGUUCAAGGUACAGUGGUAACCAGCGAAUACUAUUCCCAAAAUGGCGAAGAGCCGGUUGGUCAGAUCUGCGUUACGAAAUAUUCGACCGAUCCGAGAGAUUUGGGCAAAGCCGACCAAACAUCGACUAACAAAGGACUAACCAGCGUGACCACCACGCAGAAAUUUGGAUACAAGGAUACACCUUCCCUAAAAUCGCUUACGAGCAAGAAAAAAGAAGUAACAAAUACGGAAGAAUCGAAGACUUGUACGAAAAGCAACAAAAUCGCUAGGCGAAAUUCGGUAAAAGAAAUUUCCCAAAAGUUUAUCGAUAAUGCUGUUGACAUCUUGAAGAGUGAGAGGCAAACAACCUAUCCCAAGGCAGGAUUGAUUUUGCGCACUUCCAGCUUCAAGGAUUCAAGGACUGGUGAUUCGAGGCAAGCCAGACAAACAUCUCCAGAGAAAGAAGACUUUGAAAGUUCGGUGACAGUGAGAACAACAAAAUCCCGAACUGAAGGUGGUGAAACAACGUUCCUAACGAACAAGUCUCGAGUGACGGGCGUUCAAGAUGUGAUAGAUAGAAUGAAGACUGAAGAAUAUCGAGAAGGUGACAGCGCGGAAGAUUUUGAAGCCAGGAGUUUGUUGAAUAAGUUCAUCGGAUCACAGGUGAUUCUCUCCGGCAUGGAAUCGAGAUCAACUAGUUCAUCCACUAGUACCAAAUGUGCAAGUACUAGCGUUCCUUCAGGUGGAGUAAAGAAAACCAGCAAGAUCACCAUAACAGUCACGGAGGGUGGUAAACCGGUAACAAAAACACUCGUCUACCAGCAUCCGAUCACAGAAGAGGAUCUAGAAAAUAUCUGGGACGAACAAACUUUGAGAUUAUUGCUUGAACAAAGCCUAGGCUACGAAGAAAGGCGUGCCAUAAGGGCUAGACUACGUCAAGUCAUGGCAGAACAAGAAGCUUGCGCAGACCUGGUGGAGAAAGCCAGCCUGAGCCAAGGCCCCGAGCAGCAUCACAAAUCUGAGCAAUCACCGUCUUCAGCCCCUAUAGACGGUGAGUCUCUUCUUCUUCCACUUCUCCAAGGCCUACUAGACGCCCCUGAUAAAGAGCAGCUCGCAGACAGCGGUACCGAAUCCGGUGAAGACCAACGAAGCGGUCUCUUAGCCGAGGUCCAAACCGCGCUUGAAAAACUCUCUUUCAGCCUAAGGGACGAUUCUACCGAUAUUUCUCCUGAGCGACGUGCUUCUUUACUCCAGUUGGUGACCAAAUUGCAAGCUGGUCUAGCCACGACUACCCCAAAGCUUGAAAGAAGACUCUCUAGCGGCCCAAGUAGGUUCAAAGGUCGUAGAGGCAGACAGAACCGCCAUACAGUUGGUGUGAGCAGUGAGGAACUAGCAGAUGCUAGGAAGUUGAUGGAACAGAUCUCCUUGCACGAACUUACUCCAUCUAACUCCGAAAAUAAGCUCAUCAAAUACCUCCAGAAACAAAACUCUGAAAGUAGCGUUACUAGCACCUCUUCCUUCUCAAAACUUGGCUCUAAAGGUCCUGUUAAAAACGCAAUAGCUAAACCAUUCAAUAGUUCCAGCAAUAGUAUAUCAAACGCAUCUUCCGUACCUCAGACACCUACUGAUCCAUCAGGGCAUUUCGAAGCAGCUUUUGGCGAGAAAAGCAGAUAUCACGAGACAGCUCCAGCUCAUGUAAACGACAGGACGUCAAGUUGCGUUGUCAAAUCAGACUCUUCUGAGCUUCUGGAAGACGUUGAAGGUAUCAGAACAGCUCACAAAGCGGUCCAACAGGCUGCUGCAAGAAAAAAAGGUGCUUCCGAAAGUGCUGCAGAAUCUGAAGAAGACGAUAACACAGUUAAAGGCUUGACAGUUGAAUCCGCAAAUUUAGAUCACGCACCUUCUCCUCAACAGGUCAAUCCAAUCUACUCAAGGCCUUUGGAGAACUUUGAAAGAGCCAGAAGUCCUUCGUAUGAAGAGAAAGUGAGCAGGUUUAACACUAUGUCGAAGAAAAACAAAAUGAAAAGGGCUAACACUAUCGAUAUACCUAAGGCUCUUCUUAUAUACACAGACGAAGAUGAUUCUGAAUUUUCUGAGGAUGAAGAGCAACGUCGGAAAAACAACUACUAUGCCUUGCGUGGGCCAAUCAGGGUGCAUGAUCCUUUGAACAAAAACCCAUUGCCUGUUUUGCAACCUAAAACUGAGUCAGAUCAGAAAUUCCUUGCAUUUAUCAACAAGAAUAAUUCUAACGUUGAGAACAAGACCACUCCUUGGGUGCAUACCAACAAAACGUCGAUGUGGGGUAAUAGGUUUGGAAAUAUAAAGAACAAAUAUGAAAAAGAGACAGACAGUGUGCCAGAAAAUGCUGCAAAAAACUUCUGGAAGUCACAGGAUGAUCAUGUAAUAAGCAACAGCCAGGUGCAUGGACCUAAAAUCAGUAGGAAAAGCGCUAGAAACCUGCAGCAAAUGUACGAAGAAAAGCAAAGGAAAAAACAAGAUAAUGUUGCGCCACAUAAUCAACAUGUUGUGAAAGGCUCUUUAACGUUAAAAGCUGAACCAGAGAGGAACUACAAACUGGUACCUCAACCAGUACCUUUCAACAAAUUUUCACAUGCCCCACAAUCUGCUUUCGUGGCCUUACCACAGAAGAAUCCAACCACACCUGAGCUUGCCACAAAAGAGGUCAUAAAAACUGAGCUUAUAGAUGCUAGAAAUGACCAGUUGUAUCUCUAUAGUCCCAAGCCAAUGCAACCUCAAAGCCAAAACAGCUCUGCGGCAACAUCCCCAAUAAUCACUUCAAAACCUUGGGUAGCAAACGCAGUGGAACAUGGUGGUAGAGUGCUUAGUAUGGCUGCAAAAAAGUUUGAAACUCCUCCUCAACAAGACAACUUUCCUGUCAAGCCUAGGAAAUUGAGUAAAGAAAUCAGCAAGGGAUUCGCACCCCAGCAGACACCACCUGAAAAAAUGACUGCACCUUACAUCGUCAAGAGUACUGAUCAGAAAAAUAGUACUGUGCGUAAACUUAGUGAUCAAUACGAUAAUAUGGGGAAUAAGAUUGAAGAUCAAAAGCAACCUAAGACGCAUUAUGUACCUCCUCAUAGGGUUCCACAAAGCAUGGACCAGAAUAUACAAUACACGACUAAAGUUACUCAAAGCUUCAUACCAAAUGUUCCUGAUCCUCAAAAUUACUACGAGCCAAGGUCAAAGGAUAGUGUGCGUCGUACUCAAUCUGAAAAGUAUCAACCUUUCAAUGUCUCAGAAUAUACUCCUGUUAAUUAUAGUAUCACCUACGAUCAACCUAAGCCUCAACCUGUGCAAAACUAUACCAAAGUAGAGCCUAAGCAUCAAUCUAUGCAGAACUAUGGCAAAGUCGAAUCUAGGACUCAAUCCAUGCAUAACUAUAGCAAAGUAGAGCCUAAGACUCAAUCUAAUCAGAACUAUGGCAAAGUUGAGCCUAGAUCUCAACAUAUGCAUAAUUAUAACAAGGUUGAGCCUAAGCCUCAAACUAUGUACAACUACAAUAAGGUUGAACCUCAACCUAUGCAAGUGUUCCAACAUGUCCCAGGUAAAGAUGACACUCAGGAACAACAAUAUACCUCAUCUUUUCAAUUUAAUAUUAGCUCUAAGAACCCCAACCAGGUACCAGUGCAAGUGAUAGAGCCUGUGGUACAACCUAAACGUCUGGAGAAGCAGCUGUCUACUGAGAGCAUCCAUGAGUACAACGCCAUAAGCAGCAAGGUUAUGAAAGGUCCAGUAAGUCAACAGGCGGUCACAGUUCGUCAGAAAUCCCCAAUGAACAGGGACCAACACGACAUUGCUGCAGCGUUCCAGCUGAAGUCUGCUUUACAGAAAGUUGGUAAGAGUGAGAUGAGUCCCCCUAACAAGUCCCCGAGAAGCAGUGUUCAAUAUCAACCUCAAAGUAAGCCUUUAGUGUCGCCAACUAACAGCUUCAAAUACACUGCUCUUGUUGCAAACAGCCAACCGCCAAAUAGCUUCAAGCCAAACACUGAUAUGACAAGAGACGUCCAAAGUAGAUAUAAAGCAGACGAUCAAAAAGGAUUCAGUAAGUUCUAUGAUCCAAACGAAGCACCUAAACCUACUGUGCCUGUUAAAAGCAUCAAGAGCAAGUUUGAGGAAAAUUCCAAGACCUUUGGAGUUGUUAAGCCCAUGCAGCAACAAAAACCGCUGGGACCUAUCUAUAACAACGUUGCCAACUCGAAACCUCAACCUUUGAUUGUGAACAAUAAUAGUCAAGGAGUUGUAACGAGUAAGUUUCACAUACCUGUGAUAAAUGUGGCGCCUUCAUCACCUGGAAUUAAGGUACCGACACAAGCUCAAAUGCUGAGUAAAUCAGACUCGUGGCACCAAAUUUGUAUGGCGAAUCAAGUAGAUGGGACUCCAAGAUCUUGUUCGGCCAGAGCAAUAGUCAAGUCUAAGUCUAGUCAUAACUUAGCGGUACCUAAAGGUCAGUUUGAAGCUGGGAUAACGAGAGAAGAGUUGCAACAGAAGAAGAAGACGAUAGAAGCAUACUUCUUUGGAAGUAAAUCUCCAGAACCUCAUGAGAAAAAUGUUAAAAGGAGUAUAAAUAGAAUAAAAACUUCCGAGAAACGGUCAGCGUAUAGACAAACAACUGGUGUGGUAAGAAGUAAAACUCUUCCAGAUAUUGUUUGCCCAGAUCUUCUGGAUGAAAGCAAUAUAGAUGCAGCUUUCGAAGAUCUAGUCAAGUCUACUGUAUAGAUGAAAAUUGAGCUUAUAAGUUGCUCGUUACCAUUCCAUUUUGAAAACCCAAUCACGAAGAUUUUUGUUAUAUUUAGAAUGUAAGUUUUAACAAGUACUUAGAAGUUGCUUUAAAAAGGCUAAAACGAUGAUAUUUGAUACAUGAAAAUUAGUAUGAGGUCAGUUUGAAGAAAAUUCUAGAGAAGGUGAUAGAUUCCGAUCUUUGUACAGCGUUUGGGGUUACUGGGACUCUUAAAAUGAGACUUUUUAGGUCGAAGAGAACUUAACUCAUGCAGGAGAUGGUAUCAUGAGACCAUGAUAUGUUAAGACCAAGUCAAUGUUGGUAUCUCAACCACCAAAAUAGCGUAUUUUGGAACCUGAGAAAAUUCCAUCAUAGAAAUAAACCCUAAUAAGGCCAUAGGAGGUUAAUAAAGUCAAACCUACAUGGUGGUAAACAUUGCUGAGAGGUCAUUAGAUGUUUAGUUUCCGACAAGAAGCUAAGCAAUGUAAGGAUAUCGAGAAAUGUGUCUUCAUAUAUGGAGUCAAACAUGGGUGAAUCUAUUAAUUAUAUUGUCUAAGAGCGAUCAUGUUGAUAUUACAUGGAUCUAAAAAUUCAGGAAGAAAAAUGAAGAUAUCUGAUUCUUGGCAUUUUGAGGUUACUGGGACUCUUAAAUUAGAUCAAAUAAAACUCAGCACAUGUAGCAGAUGGUAUCAAAAAAACAUGAAAUUUUAAGGUCGAAUCAAGUCUUAUUUCAGGAAAAAAUAAUAAUAAAAUCAUUGGACGUUAUUAAAGUCAACCGGACAGUGGUAAAAGCUGAUGAUAAGUUUUUAGUUUUUUGGUGAGAAGUUAAACAAUGUAAGGAUAUCGAGAAAUAUGUCUUCAUAUAUGAAGUAAAAAAUGAGUGAACCUGUAAAUUAAAUUGUCUUAAGGCGAUGAUGUUGAUACAAUUUGUGUGUAUUACACGGAUCGGAAGAUGAUUUGUGUUUCACUAAGGAAGAGGGAAGAAAGAAAUGUCAAGAUAUGUGAUUGGUGUGUCUGGAGGUGCGCACACCAAUCGGAAGAGACUUCGGAGGUGUCAAAAAUGAAGGAAGAGAAAGAUUAAAGGACGGAAAGGAUUACAACUGAAAAGACCACCGUCACUGAGGGUCCAGUUACUACAACUAAAGUGACAAAAGUAACGACUCAAGUGACCAAGAAACCGUUAUCCCCUUUCGCCAAAUUUCAACAACUGGACAAACAGAACAGCCUUAACACACCACCAAGUACCCCGGGUACUCCCAAGAGUCCUGGUGGCCGGCCCCUCUUUAAAUUCACUGACCCUGCGCUCAGCCAAUCAGCGAGCACCAUCAAAGACCGCCUUUUGUAUUGGUGUCGAAUGAAGACUAAGGAGUACGAGAACGUUCAACUAGACAACUUCUCUAGCAGCUGGGCGGACGGACUCGCUUUCUGCGCGUUGAUCCACCAUUUUCUGCCAGACGCUUUCGACUAUCACAAGUUGACGCCCAAAGAUCGAAGACACAACUUCGAGCUCGCCUUCAAGGUUGCCGAUGAAAAGGCCGAUAUUUUCCCUCUCCUGGACGUUGAUGAUAUGAUGGCCACUCGAAAGCCUGACUGGAAAUGUGUAUUCACCUACGUGCAGUCCAUCUACAGGCGGUUCAAAGAUGAAGAAAUCUGAUACCGAACGCCUAUAAGCAGUCACUUUUUGUACUCUAAUUUGUAUUAAAAUAUAUGUAUUGUACAUACUCUGAUUGGAUAGAAUCGAGUACAAAAACGUUUGUGAAAUUUUUAAACUUACUGUUAUUGUUCCUUACGUUUGUUAGGUAGUUCUUGUGUUAAAUUUUUAUAUAUUUAAUGUGGUGCUUAAGUUAUUAAUAUACUGCACUGUGAUUUUUAAGUUGAACGUGGCAUUUCGUGAGAUGAGAUCUCGACGUUUUUCUUUUUAUUAAGAAAGUGAUAUUUCUUACCGAUUUUUUUUACCUGAUUUCUGCCCAGCUGUUUUUUUAUUGAACUUUUAUAUUUAUGUUUUAUAUAUUAACUCAAUUUCGCAUAUUGUUUAUUAAUUGUAUUUUGUUUAAGAGAUGAAAAGGGUUGUUGCUUUUUUGCCAUGUAGAUGCUCUAAUAUGUUGACUUAUUUUGGUGAUUUAACAAUUUCCUUUGUAAAUUCCAUAUUGUUUAUCGAAGUAUAAUAAUGUUAUUUGGCCGCAUAUGUCAAAGACAAUAAUCUAAAACUGUUACAGUGCUAUGUGCCUUAUAGUCUUUUGUAUUUUAUAAAGUUACGUAGCGCGUACGAACAAUCUAACAAUAAAAAUAUUAUCAGUAC